GACUUGUGGCGGCGGGGCUUUUAGAGGCCGUGCGCUGCCCGAUAACGCCAACCAGUCUUUGUGCGAAGCACUCCCCGGCUGUGAACGAGCCCUCGUCGAGCGCUGAGGCCACACCGACGGCCUAAAGGGGAAGUGCACUAGUGCAUUGCAAUCGUCGCCGCGCGCGCGCACGCGACCGCAGCGAUAGUGAAGCCGCAGUGAUGGGCGCCCUCGCCGCCCUCGUCGGCCUCGACGCCGAGCCGGAACCGGCGGCGCCCAAGUUCGCCGACGCGCAAGCGUUCCUCGACGCGGUCAAGGAACGCUACCCGAAAGGAACAAGAAUAUACGAGCACUUCAAAAUCGCCAUGGCGGCCUACGGUGCGGGGCCUAAAACUACGGCGGCGAAGGAAUUGCUCGUGCGCGAGGUGUCGUGCUGCUUCAUCACGAGCCCGGACCUGGCGGUGGCCUUCGACGAAUUUUAUGGAGCGGCGCUGGGCAUGAGCGCGGUGCGCCGGCCGCCGCGCGUCGAGCGGGCCACGUCGCCUAUCCAGAGAAUUGGAGCAGGGCGCCACGAAAUGGGGUCGCGGUCGAACUCGCCGCGGCCGACGGACGGGUGGGAGCUGGACGCGGAGACGGCGGCGCUCUGCGCCCGCCGGAAGCAGCCGCCGCCCGCGUCCAUCCGCCACCUGGCGGCCGUGGAGAACCGACCGUCGAAGCUCGCGACGGCGAUGCGCGUGGCCCUCGGCACGCCCCAGGGCGACUACGAGCGGCCCCGGGCGAUCGCGGCGGCGAUGGCCGAGCUCCCUUCUUGUACACCCGCGGCGAAGAACGAGUUGUUUCUCUUGGCGGCGGAGCUGGCCCGGGGCGCGCGGAUCGUUACGGCGCGCUACGACGCGCCGUUUGACCGCGACGACCUCGAUCUGAAGAGCGACGAGCGGCUCAAGGUGACGCUCGAAGCCCGGACGUGCCGCUUUCAGUUGGUGCGCGCCGUCCAGAAGCUGAACGGCUGCGACUGUGGCUCGCUCUCGAUGGUGUGUUCGAUCGGCCACCAGGGGCAGCCGUUCCUGCUCUUCAAGAUCGGCGGCGGCGACCACAAGGAACCUUCUUCUUACGAGGCGGCGAGCCGGAAAAUAACUUUACUGAUGACGCGCCUCGGCCUAAAGAGCGCGCGGCACGUCGACCUGCUGGCCGUGAUCCUGGCCGUCGCCGACCCGACGUGCCUCGCGUGGCGCGGGCAGAAGAACUACUUCCGCCCAACCACUCAGUACAUCGUGGGCGCCUUCGUGCGCCUCGGCGCGCUGGAGCCCCUUCACCCAAAUGCAGACGAGUGGCUCCUCCAGGCGCUCCACAAGCACGGGGGCGAGGACUGGGACGCGGUCGUCCGGGACCCGGCCUUCGAUGCAUUACGACGGGGCCGGAACGUGCCUACGUUGAAAGCGGCGCUCGCGCGGCUCGUGGGCGCGGACCUCGACGUGGCGAAGCCCCGAACAGCUCCGGCGCCGGCGCCGCCGCCGGCGCCUCUGGUGAAUCCGGCCGAGUGGGCCCAGUGCUCGCGGUGCGAGAAGUGGCGCUUGUUGCCCAAGGGCGUCGCCGCGGCGUCGCUGCCGGAUGAUUGGAGGUGCGGCGCUCUCAACGUCUCCUGUGAAAAGCCGCAGUGUUCGUUCGAAGAGGACGAGACGUGCCCCUGCCAUACAAGUACAGAGGAUAUUAGUGUCGUCCUGGUGACGCACGAUAAUAAAGUGGCGCGCACGUACUGCUCGCCCAAUUCAGCAGGUAUAGUGUACGGUCUCUCCCCCGCGGCCACGCGCGAGUGGUGCCUCGCGGCCAAAGCUACGGGGCGGACGGCUACGUUAUGUUUUGCGAAGGACCGACGGCUACUCAGUAAUCCGGUCGACGCGGAUUCUAAUAGAGUGUGGGCCCUCUUCGAGACGCAAGGGACCGCAGUCCAGAAGUGGUGGGGCGCCACAGUACUAAAAGAGACCGGCGGCUACGGCGACCAGCGCAAGUACGACGUCGUUUAUGACGACGGCUCGCGCGCGACGAUCCUGGCGAACACGCUCUUCGCCGCGCCGCCGCCGGGCGUCCAGAUCAAGACGAAGCAGCCGAACCCCAAGGCCGCCAAGCUCCUCAAGCGGCUCAACGCCUGGCACGGGGUCCGCGAGAAGAACGCCGCGAAGAAGGCCUCGGGGCCGCCCCGCGAGGUCCGCGAGACGCUGGACCGGGUCGUGGCCCACGUCUCGUCUCCUGAUGAAGCGCCGUCGGCCGCGGCCGUGGCCUGGAAGGGGCCGCGCGCCAUCUCGCGCCUCGGCGUCGACAUGGUCGCCAAGGUGGUGAAUGGGGCGCGGCCCGCGGCCAAGCGCGCCGCGCCGCUGGCGCCGGCGCCAAAGCCGCACGUCGCGUCUGAGACCUCGGCGUGGCUCGCAGUCUGCACCGAUCUACUCGCCGCCGUCGGGGGAUCGCGGAACGGCAUCAUGGGCAUGCGCGGCCGGCUCGUGGGUGCCGGCUUCCGCUGCGGCAAUCCGGUGGCGGGAAAGUCGUACUACGACAUCUCGGUGCCGCUGACCUUUCCCUGCUACUACGACGUCGCCGGCAAGAACUACACGUCGAUGCAGGACGUGAUACGAUCGAAGCCACAACUCACCAAGUACUUUCAGGGCUGCCUGGCACUGGCUCAAGCCGGUGGAGCGUACCGCACGGAGUCCGACCGCGAGGGCGAGGCGAGGGCUCCGCCCUCGCGGCGCGUUGGGGUAACACCCAAGCCGACGGCCUGCAUCGUCGCGGCGAGUUUCACGCAGCCGGCCGCGACGCGCUCGAAGCGCAAGGCGACGCCGGAGCCGACGCCUGUCGCGAAGGUCCACAAGGUGACGCCUGUUGAGGCUGCCUCUUCCUCGCUCUGACGAAGGUCGCGCGGCGGGGUUGACGCCGGACUGAGGGGCCCUCCUCCUCUCGCCAGGUAGUAUCUGUGCCAUAAGAUUGUGCCAU